AUGGAGGAGCUGAGGGAAAGGGGGCAAAAGCGAGAGGGGAGACACCGAGAUACUUGGGAUCCCUUUCAGUUAAGUCCUAUUGGGGCAGAAAAAGAGAAGAAGAGAACAUGUUUUCAGCUUUUACAGCACUUAGUGGCAGGGACCGUGGGUGUGCUGGUGCUGAUAAGUGCUGUCAUUAGCAAGGGAUCCCUGUUGGUACUAAGUACACUCUCCAGUCCUAUGUCCUUGAGAACGGAAAAGGAUAAGCAGCUUUACAUGCUUUUGCUCAUGUGUACUUUGGUCACACCAAAUCUGCUGGUCUUCCUCAAGUCACUAUGGAAAGUUGCUUUCAAAAGCUUUGUUGCGCCAAAUAUGCAGACGCUGGGAAUUAUGUGCCUGAUUGAGGCCUUGGUGUCUUUGGGGACUUCUGUCCUCGUGUUGGUUGUAAUGCCACAAUUUGAUGUGCUGACCAACCUUUUCAUCUCUGGAGGAGUUUGCAUUCUUUCCUCAGUUCUUCAGAUUGUCUUUCGCGUACAUAGACAGACCUGGAUGAUUGUCUUUCCUAUUUGCUCUAUCAUUCUGGUGCUGAUAGGCUACACUCUACUAGGUGUUGACUUCUAUGUACGUGUAACCUCCUAUGUUCUAGACCAGCAGAAUAAUUGGGCUGCGUAUGUAUCUGUUGGUAUCGUGUCAUCUCUGCUUGUGUCUCUCAACUGGUGGGAGAACCCUUUGCAGGCAAGCAACAAAAUUCAAGAAAUGCUCACAGAGUUAGAAGGUUUCAGAGACUUUGUGUAUGUAAUCUCAAGCCUCCUGAGAACUGCUGUCAUAGUUGGAGUGUACCUAAUUUAUUAUCUGUUUAUCGCUGAGAAUAAAAUUGUUUGGAAGGAAUUUACUGAAGUUGGAAAUGAAGCUUUACAAAUUGGUCUUGUACUGUUUUUCCUACAAGCAUUCGGUUCUGCAGCCUGCCAUUGGUUUGGAGUUGUGGCAUGCAAAAUGAAUGCAGUGAGAUCUGGUUUUUCCAUUCCUGUUUCAUUCACUGGUCCGGCAACGCUUAUCCUUGGCAUGAUCCUAUUUGUAACACAAGCUGAAGAUUUGUAUGAUAUGCCAUCAGCUUCUUUGAGUCGGUCCCAAAGUUCAAAUGGUACCGUGAAUCCUUUCCUAGCAUUCUGUGCUCACCUGCCAACAAUCAAAGUUAGCAACAGCACAACAGUUGUGAUGCUGGAACUAUCUAACAGUAUUUGUAGGACUUCCCUGAAUAACCCUUAUGAGUCAUGGCCUUUUGCAAUGCUUGCACUUGAGGGUGUUUGCAUGUGGCUAGGCCUUGUCACUUCCACAUACUACGUGUGGAAGAUCAAGGUCCCGAGGAUUGUGCGGACAUCACAGCUAUUUGUUCGCCGCCUUUAUGAAUCAGCAUUCAUAGACCAGUCUCUUCUGCUGAACACCAAAAUUAAGUCAAUCACCACAAGAACCCAACAGAGCCCUGAUGAAGAGAUUGAGAUUGAAAACUGUGUCAUCUACCUUUGUGCGACAAUGUGGCACGAAACAUAUGAUGAGAUGCUUAAGAUUCUCACCUCAAUGUUCAGAUUGGACCGGUACCGAGGGGAUCCAAAAGAGAACCACAAGGAUUGCUUUGACUUUGAGUGUCAUAUAUAUGUUGAUGAUUCAUUUCUGCAAGACAAACACUCUGGGAAAAAACUUGUCAAUUCAUAUGUGGAAGAUCUCAUAAACGUUGUCAUGGAGGUGUACAGAGUGUUCACAAAUAAAGAGCCAGAUGAAGUGACAAUCUAUGAAACUCCUUAUGGAGGACGACUAGUGAUUGUGAUGCCAGAGGGAAAUGUACUGUAUAUUCAUCUCAAAGAUAAACAGCUCAUCAGGAACAAAAAACGGUGGUCACAGAUUAUGUAUUUGUACUAUUUGCUGGGAUGGAAAGGCUACAUUGCAAAAAAUCCUCAAAAAAUAACAAGGCAGAACAAUCCUUGUCGCGCCAGUCUUGUGUCCUUGGAUGGAGAAACGUUCCUUUUGCCGGGCGCUGAUAACGAUAACAAAAGGAGACACAUAUCUGAUGACAAUACAUACCUCCUGGCACUGGACGGAGACACCGACUUCCAUCCCUCUGCUUUGAUCUUGUUGGUUGAUCGUCUUCGAAUGUAUGACAAUGUAGGAGCUGCAUGUGGCAGAAUCCAUCCAACAGGAAUGGGACCAAUGGUAUGGUAUCAGAAGUUUGAGUAUGCAGUGGGGCACUGGCUUCAGAAGACAGCUGAGCAUGUGUUUGGAUGUGUUUUGUGUAGCCCUGGCUGCUUCAGUCUGUUCAGAGGAUCAGCUCUGAUGGAUGAUAAUAUUCUAAAAAGAUACACCACAAAGGCCACCAGAGCCUCAGAAUAUGUCCAAUAUGACCAAGGUGAAGACCGUUGGCUGUGCACUCUGCUCUUACAACAGGGCUGGAGGGUGGAGUACAAUGCUGCGUCAGAUGCCUUCACCAAUGCUCCCCAAGAGUUUAAAGAGUUCUACAACCAGAGACGUCGCUGGGGACCCUCAACUCUGGCAAACACCCUUGACCUUUUGCAUAGUGGAGGAGAGACAGUCAAGAAGAAUAGUUCAAUAUCCAUGCUUUAUAUCUUCUAUCAGAUCUUCACUGUUGCUUCCUCAAUUCUUGGCCCAGCCUCUGUUUCACUGAUGAUUGCAGGUGCCUUCCAGUUUGUGUUCCAAAUCCCAGGCACCCUGUCCAUCAUUAUAGCUGUCAUACCUCCAGUAAUCUACAUGCUAAUUUGCUUUACGGCAAAGCCCAAUUUCCAAAUCACCAUAGCUGCCAUCCUCAGUGUGUUAUACGCUUUCCUGAUGACUGCAUCUUUCUUUGCUAUCAUCGGUGAUAUGGUUAUGCAAGGAACAUUUAUCACCCCAACUGGACUCUUCUUGGUCUCAAUGGCAAUCCUAUACUUUGUCACAGCCAUUCUUCACCCUCAGGAAUUUGGUAUGAUUGUCUACGGUUUGAUGUAUUUCAUCUGCAUCCCCAGUGGCUAUCUCUUGCUUACCAUCUAUUCGCUGGUGAACAUGCACAUAGUCUCUUGGGGUACUCGUGAAUCAAACAAGGAAAAAGAAGAGAAGAAACAUGUGGGAGUUCUAUGUGAUCGUACUUGCAAGCUCUGUUGCUGGGAUAUGAAGAUCCAAGUCACUCAGGAAACUGAAAAUUUGGUCCUUAAACAAAUCCAAGAAGCAGUCAAUCCUGGUUUACAAAGCGCCCAGCAGGAGGGCAGUGAUCCAGUGCAAAGUACACAGGACAGUCAGGAUCUUUCUGGUGCUGGAAGACCAGCAUUGGUAAACAACAAAGAAACCUUACAGAGUCCCCCACGAGAACGUUUAGACAGCAAGGCAUCAGACAAAUCAUCUGAAGAAAGGUUUGAAGCAGCUCACAUUGAUGAUUAUGAUGAUAGUGAUGAAGAAGAAGAAGAUGACAAUGAUGAUUUGGAGAACACAGAAGGGGAGAGGAGAGAGGUGGUGCCUAAAAGCGACUGGGUGGGGCCAGUGAAAACUGAAUUCUUAAAGAAACUAACCUAUGCAAACUUGAAGAGGAACCUGCAGGAGCAGAUCAGGUACACUCUACGGAACAAGGAUCAGGACGACUUGUGUGAGGAUCUCGUGCUGAUGCUUACAGACACAGUAAAUGAAGAGCUGAAGGACAAAGUUGGCCCAGAGGAUGUGGUUUCAGACAGCCAACUGGAAGAACUGCAGUAUGCCCUGAAUGAGGCAGCCAGGAGGAUUCUGAAAACCAACCGCAAGGAGAACCUGGAGAAGAGGGUUAAGCGAGCUAUUGAGAGAACUCUUAUUGCUCCACAGGUUCUAGGCCUGUCAGAGGAUGAACAUGACUUCUGGAAAAAACUGAUCAAGCGAUAUCUGGAACCCAUUAAUGAUCCUAAAGCCCAUCAAGAAGAAGUUACACGGGAGCUGAAGUCUCUGCGAAACAGGGCGGUAUUUCUAUACUUCAUUCUGAAUGUCUUAUGGGUUGUGGCUACAUUUUUCCUUCAAGCCAUUGGCAACGACGUCAUAAGCAUCAAAAUUCCAAAAUAUUUGCCAAAUGGCACCAUGUCAGGUGAAUAUCUGAAAGUGGAACCCCUGAGUCUGAUGUUCCUCCUUUCUUUUGCGGUUCUUCUGCUCGUACAGUUCCUGGCUAUGCUGUACCACAGAGUAUACACACUCAUCCACGUGGUGUCCUACAGAAGCAUAGAAAAGGAUUAUGCAGAGAGAAAAGAGGAUGAUGAUGAAGAUGGAAUAGUCCUUGAGAAUAAGACUGCAGCCUCUCUUUCAGUCACUAAUGAAGAUAUACUUCUUUGA